AUGGAAUGUCCAAAUCAAACAUCCCCAACUGAGUUUGUCCUCUCAGGGUUCCCAUACCCACCAGAGAUGAAGGUCCCUUUGUUCUUGUUCUUCUUCCUCGUAUUUAUAUUGACCCUCUCUGGCAAUUCCUUGAUCCUCUGGGUGGUAGCGUCUAACCUCAAGCUACACAAGCCCAUGUAUUGGUUCCUCUGCCAUCUGUCCAUCCUCGACAUGGCUUUCUCCUCUGUGGUUGUUCCCAAGAUGAUUGCAGGGUUCAUUCCUGGUAGAAAGUUCAUCUCUUUUGGAGGAUGUGUGACUCAGGUAUUCUUCUUCCAGUUCCUUGGAUGUGCAGAAAGUCUUCUGUACACCUUGAUGGCUUAUGACCGCUUUCUGGCUAUUUGCAAACCCCUCCAGUACACCACCAUCAUGAAUUGGAGAGUCUGUCUCAUCCUCUCCUUGGGUACAGUGAUUGGAGGCUGCCUGAACUCAGUGCUGGAGACAACUCUCACCUUCCGCUUGCCCUAUGGUCAGAGAAACCAAAUUAACUACAUCUUCUGUGACAUCCCUGCUGUGUUGAAGCUGGCUUGUGCUGACACAACACUCAAUGAGCUUAUGAUCUUGGUUGACGUUGGCUUAGUGGCUAUGACCUGCUUCCUCCUUAUCCUGACCUCCUAUGUCUAUAUCAUCUCUGCUAUUCUGCGGAUCAGUACCUCUGAAGGACGUCGCCGAGCCUUCUCUACUUGUACAGCCCAUGUUACAGUGGUGUUCAUAUUUUAUGUCCCAACAGUUUACCACUAUUUGAGGCCAACAUCUCAGGGCUCAAUGGAUGGUGUGGUCAGCAUCUUCUACACCACAAUCACUCCAUUUUUAAACCCUGUCAUAUACACACUUAGGAACAAGGAGAUGAAAACUGCGCUGGGGAAACUGUGGCAUAGAGAAAAGAUGAGUGAAUUCAUAUGA